AUGGCAUUCGACGAGCGCACGGGGCGGCCGAGGCGCGUCCCGCACGACGAGCUCAAGCUCGGGCGCGAGCGAGGGUGGAAGCCGCCGAGCGGGUUCAGGGCGAGCGAGCUCGGGUCCGGGACGGUGGGCGAGCGGCGCGACGUCCCGCGCGUGCAGCACGACGGGCCGCUGCGGAGCGAGGACGAGGGCGAGGAGGAGCGGCGCGUCGUCGAGGAGCGGCACCGGCGUGACUGGGUCAAGCGCGCCUGCAUGCACGCGUGGACGGGCCUGUCGGAGCACGCCUACGGCCACGACGAGGUGCAGCCCGUGUCGAACGGGUUCAGCGACAACUACGCCGGGUGGGGCGCCAGCAUCGUCGACUCGCUCGACACGCUCCUCGUCAUGAACCUCUCGCGCGAGUACAACCGCGCCCGCCAACACGUCGCCGCCAUCGACUUUACCUACCUCGUCCCCCCGACGACGGUCCCCUGGUUCGAGGUCACGAUCCGGUACCUCGGUGGCCUCCUGUCGGCGCACGAGCUGUCGGGCGGCGACCCGCUCAUGCUCGACCGCGCGCGGGAGCUCGGCGACUGGCUCCUGCCCGCGCUCGCGACCGACCACGGCUUGCCCCUCGGCCGGUACGCGCUCAGGCACAACCCGGACGGCAAGCCCGCUGGCAGGGUCACGCUCGCCGAGGUCGGCAGCUUCUCGCUCGAGUUCACCAAGUUGAGCCAACUCACCGGCGACGACAUCUACUUCGAGGCGGUGCGUCCUCUCUCUCUCUCUCUCUCUCUCUCUCUCUCUCUCUCUCUCUCUCUCUCUCUCAGCCGGCUCGGCGCGCUCCUGCCUGCGCACCUCGACGCUGCCGCGCCCAAGAUGCUCCAGGGCGAGUACACGUUCGGCGGGCUCGCCGACUCGUACUACGAGUACCUCAUCAAGCAGGCGCAGCUCACGUCGUUCGCGCUCGACCAGUACCCGCGCAUGUACCGCGACGCCGUCGACUCGGCGUACGAGCACCUGAUUCGGCCCGUCGACGUCGUCCCUGGCCGAGACGACCUGACGCUCAUCGGCACGGUCCAGCUCGGCAAGUGGCAGCCGAGCCUGCAGCACUUGACCUGCUUUGCCGGCGGAAUGCUCGGCCUCGGCGCUCGGCUCCUCGACCGCCCUCACGACCUCGACACGGCCGUCAACGUCACCAACGCGUGCGCCUGGACGUACGAGUCGUCCAAGACGGGCAUCGGCGGCGAGCAGACGGUCUUUUACGAGAACGACAGCUCGUCGAGGUUCAUGGGCGACCUCUUGUCGAUGCCUCGUGCUGUACUGACGCUGCCGCUCCCCUCGUCCGCCUGCAGCCGCACCCCGCGAGGCUCGCCCGUCGGCGUUCGCGCGUCCGACCGGCGCCAGAUCGGCCGUCCCGAGACGAUCGAGAGCGUCUUUUACAUGUGGCGCCUGACGGGCGACCGCAAGUGGCAGGACGUCGGCUGGACCAUGUUCGUCAACUGGGUGCGGCACGCGAUCACCCCGGCCGGCUUCGCGACCAUCUCGGACGUCAACCGGGUCCCCGAGAAGGGCAAGGGCAGGGACGACAGCGAGGAGUCGUUCGUCAUGGCCGAGACGCUCAAGUACGCGUACCUCCUUUUCUCGCCUCGGGACCUCCUCUCGCUCGACGACUACGUCUUCUCGACCGAGGCGCACCCGUUCUUUAUCCGCAAGCCUGGCGGUCCUGCGCGUCCUGAGCCGCUCUGGACGGGGCCGGACGAGACGCGUGAGGCGUCGUUCACGUCGCAGCUCGGCGAGGGCACGUGGGUCCAAAAGUGGGCGAGGGUUCAGCAGGUGCGCCCGCUUCUCUCUUUCUCGUCCCUUUCCGCUAGCUCGACGUCGGCGCAUCUCUUACUGACGACUCGCCUUCCUCGUCGCAGGCCGCCGCCCUCGCCAACGACGCCUGGCGUGCCCUCGACAAGCCGGGCAGCGUCGCCGCCGCCGCUCCCGGGCGCAACUUUGUCCGGCCUUCCGAGGACGAGAUCCGGCGCGCCAAGGAGCAAGCAGCGCAGCGUGUCGCGCCCAUUGACCAGCACGCGCACAAGCGGCCGGCGGCGUACGAGGGCGGAGGAGGGAGAGGAAUGGGAGGUGGUGGGCUCUGAGCGGGUGCUGGUCGCCUCUCCCUUUCUCUUGUAG